UAAAAGAAAUGAACAGAGCAUCGUUGCUGUCUUCACAAAACAAGACUGGCUCGAACCGUUUUUCUUCCCACUUUCUCUGUUUCACAGACUCUCCACUUUUACUCAAAACAGAAGGACUUCACUGAGUUUUUCCUCUUCAUCGAAGCCAAUUCCUCAAUAAUGAACGAAGAGAUGAGCGGAGAGAUGCCGGAGAAUAAACACGCAAGUAAACCGUCAUUGCCUGAAAAGAUCGACUACGUGUUCAAGGUGGUGGUGAUUGGUGACUCUGCUGUCGGUAAAACGCAGCUCCUUUCACGUUUCACACAGAACGAGUUCUGUUAUGAUUCAAAGUCCACCAUUGGCGUCGAGUUUCAGACACGUACGAUCACUCUUCAAGGCAAACUCGUUAAAGCUCAGAUCUGGGAUACCGCCGGUCAAGAAAGAUACAGAGCGGUGACGAGCGCCUAUUACAGAGGCGCGUUAGGUGCAAUGGUGGUUUACGACAUAACCAAACGCGUCUCCUUCGACCACGUGGCACGUUGGGUUGAGGACUUACGUGCUCACGCCGACGACUCCGCCGUGAUUAUGCUCGUCGGAAACAAAGCUGACCUUGCCGCCGAUAAACGCGCGGUCCCGACAGAAGACGCCGUCGAGUUCGCGGAGACUCAUCGGCUAUUCUUCUCGGAAGUCUCGGCUCUAAGCGGCGGAAACGUCGACGAGGCUUUUUUCCGUCUGCUAGAGGAGAUUUUCAGCCGCGUUGUCGUGGCGAGAAAAGCUCUGGUAUGCGAGUGUGUGUCUACCUCGAAACUUGACGGUUCGAGAAUCGAUGUGAUCAUCUCUGGUUCGGAUCUUGAGAUUAGUAAGACGAAUGAACAAGCUUCGUGUUCGUGUUGAUUUUGAGUGAUGGGCUCAAGUAUGGGUCAGAUACCUCUAGACAUAGUGGUACUUUUUUGAAUAUCAUUUUACCCAUGUCUCUGUUUUAAGGGCUUUUCAUAUACUUUGUUAAUUGGUGGUACUUGAUUAGAUACCUUCUAAAAACUAUCCAUGUAGUAAUUUUUUUUCUUGUUAUCUGAAGAUCAUAUUAAAUGA